AUGGGUUCUACUGCUGCCGCUGCUGCUGCUGUGAAUAUGGCGUCGUUGAUUACUGCCAUCCCUGUUUCUUCGACAAAAUUGAACUUCAAUGACAAAUUUACAUCUGGGUUUCAUUUCAAACGAGCUAGGGCCAUCGCCAAAAUCACUGCCAUCUCUCCCAACGGCUCUGCUUCUCCUUCUUCUUCACAUGGGGCUGAAUGCUCAGCUGGGAAUGUGGAUAAACGAAGAAGUAGUCUUGAAUCUCUGUUUUGUUAUGAUAUGGCUGUACCAGAAGAGAGAAUUGAGAAGCCUAUUGGGAUAUCUUUGGUCGAGAAAGUCAUUGGAAAUAAGCCCCGAUGCAUUGAUUGUGAAGCCAAAGGUGCCAUCCUUUGCACCACUUGUUCUGGUUCAGGCCUGUAUGUUGAUUCAAUAUUGGAGAGCCAGGGCAUUAUUGUCAAAGUCCGCUGCCUAGGUUGUGGGGGAACCGGUAACAUUAUGUGUUCAGAAUGUGGUGGCCGUGGCCAUUUAGGAUGA